AUGGAAGAAGCGGGAGGAAACGAAAAGAAAGUUCUGAAAUGGGCUAGAACUUCAGAGGUUGCUGAGGCUCUGAAGAGAAAAGAUUUAGUUGAAGCUUGUCUGUAUGGAAAAUCUCUUUUCUCAAUCUUCGAAGCCAGAAAGGCUAACUUCAAUCCUGCUGAGAAAGGAUCUGAAGUGGAAAUGAAGGUUUUGAAGAAGCUAAACGAUAUCUUGGACAGUUACGUCUCGGUAGCUUCUCGACACAUUCAUGGCGCCGAUUGUUCUGGUGCAGAACCUCUCAAUGAUGAUGAAGCUAUGGAUACUAUUGAUGCUGAGAAUGAUACUGAUGAGCUAGAUGCUAUAGCAAAAGAAGAAAUUGAAGAAGAAGAGCAUGAUGAAGCUGCUAAAAAGGCAGAGUCUGAAGAGAUCUCAUCUCAUGAAGAGUCCUCUGCCGAAGGAAACAAGGUGUUAAUAUCUUUGAGGUCUAUGCUCUCAUCGAUUCAGAAGACCAUGACAAAGGCCAUGAACACGAAGGAAGAAGAAAGAGAGGGCUUCUGCAAGAUUAUCAAGGUCCUUACUGAAUUGGACAACACUUUGAAAAAGAACACAUAUGAGACACAUGUUGCAAAUCUAAACUUCUCAAAGUUUGAAAAGCAACUCUUCAGCAGUCAAAGUGAAUUACUGGACAUUGAAAGAUCCAAGCGAGCUCCAAGCACCGAUGAUAAUCCUAGGCCAACCAAGAGAGGUGGAGGUCGAAGUGGUGGUGAACGUGGAGGUCGAAACAGUGGUGGCCGUAGUAGGCUAGCCAAUGUUGAUCAAGGGGGUCGUGGCAGCGACAAUGAACGUGGUGGUAGAUCAAGUGGAGGCGGUCGUGGUGGUCGCGGCUAUCCUUCCUUUUUCAACAUGCUUCCCGAUCAAGACAUGAGUCCAACUGAUCCUCGAGUUAAAAGGGAAGAACAAUAA